AUGUCCAUCGCCAACGGCAACCAUCCCUGGCCGUCGCCAGGAGGCCCUUUUACGAACGGCGGGCCGCCCCGGACGCCCAGCGCCGCCCUCGACGCGCGCCCACACGAUGCUUCACAGACGACGAGUCUCUCCUUGAUGCCUGAGGCAUCUUCGGCAACUGACAUCAACAGCGACGACAUAGAUCACCGCCGUGCCCUCUUUGCCGACCUGUUUCGCCGUGCCGAUGAGCGCCUGAACUUGCUGUUUGACGAGCGCGGCGAGUACAAUUUGUCGGCCAUAGAGUCCUUCAAGCGCCCACCCUCCCCGCCCGCACCUUCCCUGCUACCUCCCGUCACCGACCACACCCCGAUCCAGGAGCCCCCACGAAAGCGCGCAAAACGUGUCAUUGACGAAGAUGACUAUGGCGAUGACGACGAGGAAGAUGAGGAUGAUAAGCCUGUUGACAAGAAGCCCCCACAACAGACCUCACAGCUUAGCAAUAAUGUCUUACUGUCCCCUUCCAAGACUAGCGAGUCCCCGGCGCACUCGAGCCCCAGCCCCGAGAAGCAGGCGCUUGAGAAGCCUCCGGAGACGUCGCAGCAGCAACUGGGUCAAGGACAGCAGCAGCCAAAAUCGACAGAAGAUGCGCGCAAGGAGCUCGAGCAGGCCCGCAUCGCCACUGAAGAGAUCGCCAAGCGCAGCUUUCACACCCUGUUCUACACUCUGGAACAUGACCGUACUGCCAUGCUGGAGCAGCAGCAGCUCGAAGAGUCCGAAAAACAGCUGCAGGCCGAAAUGGAUAAAGCUGGCAGCGGCAAUGCCCAGCAGAACCAGCCCGGCCAUGGCUCGCUCAGCAGCGCUAACCUGGGUGCUUCGAGCCUUACUCUCAAGCACCUGAUCGCCCGCAUUGAUCAGAAGCGUGAGCGUGUCCGCGCCUCCGACGCUGAGCUGCGCUCUCUGAUGAAUGAGGUGCGCAAGAACCGCAGCAAAUGGGCCAGCGAGGAGAACAUCGGACAGGAAGAGUUGUACGAGGCUCUCGAGAAGGUGCUCAGUGAGCUUAAGGCCCAUACCGAGUACUCGACGCCCUUCCUGCAGCGUGUCAGCAAGCGCGAGGCGCCCGAUUACUACACCUUUAUCAAGCAGCCCAUGGACCUGGGCACCAUGACGAAGAAGCUCAAGAGUUUGCAAUACAAGAGCAAGGCCGAGUUUGUCUACGACCUUAACCUCAUUUGGGACAACUGCCUCAAGUACAACCAGGAUAUGAACCACCCGCUGCGCCGUAUGGCCAAUGGUAUGCGCAAAGAGGCCGACAAGUUGAUCCCGCUGAUCCCUGACAUCACAAUCCGCUCGCGCGCUGAGGUCGAGGCUGAGGAGCGCCGCAAGCAAAACGGUGGCGUCGACGACGAUGCCGGUGACGAUAGCGACGAUGAGCCCAUCAUGUCGUCGCGUGGCCGCGUCGCUGGCACUAAGGGCACUUCGAACAAGUCGCGCAAAGCUCCAAAAGAAGGCACACCCGCUGCCGGCGAUCAAAAACCGGUUGUUCAGGUGAAUGGCGUGCAAGUUAAGGGCCAGCGCGAAGGUUCCGAGGCUGUCGAUGGCAGCAAUGGCUUGGGUACACCUCCUGUUGGCGGGUCAGCGACACCCGCGCCCGGUCUCAACGGCCACGGAUCCUCGCAGAACGCUGACGCCAUGGACGUCGACGGGCCCUCGAUCAACGGUAUGGCGCUGGUCGGUGAGGAAGCCGCUGAGCAAACAUACGAGGACGAGGCCUACAAAAUAUGGAAGCAGGUCACCAAAAAGGAUCGCGCUCUGAUCGCCAAGGAGCGCUACCAGCUCUUUGCCAACAAUAAGCUCAAUGUCGAAGAGCCUGCAUUGCUGCGCACGAAGGCUGGCAUGCGACGAUUUCUGAAGUCGCGGCGUGAGGCCGAAGCGCUGGGUCUCAUCAAGACUGCGUACUCUGAUUCUUCGGUCACGAGCAGCGCUGGCGCAAAGGAUGGUGUUGCGCCUAAGCCCAACGAAACACUUGCUGAGGGCAUGGAGGAAGAGGCUGAUCGCGCAGUACCCUCGUACUACGAACCGCAGACCAUCAUCCCGGAUAUCGACCCCAAGCUGCAAUGGGUUGAGGAUGGAGAGGGCCAGGUUAUUAAUCAGUUUGAGGAUAUGCUGCAACUCGUACCGCCCGGUCACUUCACGGCGCCUUCGAGCCGGUUGACGAGGAGGAUUGAUGCGAAUAUCCGCCAGAUGCAGGAAACACGGAAGCUGUGUUCCAAGAUUGGUGUGAUCAAGCAGAUGCAGAUCCAGACACAUCCCUUUGUCGAAGCCGACAUCGAACCCCACUAUAUCUCAGGCGAAGGCCCUGUCAUGGCCGGCGAGGUCUGCCGCUCCGCCUUACAACGCUCCGUCGCGAAAAUCUUCUACCACGCUGGCUUCGAAGAGCUCCAGCCCUCUGCCCUCGACUGCAUCACGGACAUUGCGAGCGACUAUUUUCAAAAACUCGUACGAACUUUCAACGUAUACCGCGAGGCCGAGAAGAAGCCGGCCACCGGGGCGGCCGCCGAGCGUGGUGCCCGGUUUGUGCCGCGAUUUACUCCCGAGGAGGUCAUCCUACAUACCUUGGAUGAGAACGGUCAUGAUAUCGAUAGUCUGGAGGCCUAUGCGCGCGAUGAGGUCGAGAGGCUGGGCAACAAGCUGGCGCAGAUUCAUGAGCGGAUGAAGGGCCACUUGGCAGACCUGCUACGUCCUGCUCUCGCACCAGAUGCUGGUGCCGAUGGCUCAGGAGCAUUCAAUGAUGGCAGCGAGCAGUUCGUUACCGGUGACUUUGCCGAAGAACUCGGCGAAGAUUUCUUCGGCUUCCGUGCACUGGGCCUGGACAAAGAACUUGGUCUUGACAUGCUCUCUGUCCCGCUGCACCUGCUGCAAUCCCGCGUACGUUCUCAGUACCAACUGCAGAACCAAGCCGGCGCUGGCUCCGCCGCAGCCGAUCUAUUUGAGCCUUUGCCUCCUCCGGAGCCUGUCACCAAAGAGAGUAUUAUGAAUGAGAUUGGACUUGUGCGCAAUUUCUUCCUGGCCAAGUUGCACGCGUCGGGUGACAAACCGCUCGUUGAGGACGAGGAUCUCCCGCCUAAGCAGAGGAAGGCACGUCCACGGUUGGGUGCAACAGGCAAGAUUGUUAGUCCGCAAAAGAGGAGCCCCAAGGAGCAGAUGGCACUGGCAAAGAAGAAGAAGAAGUUGGAACAGCAACAACAACAACAACAGGCUCAGCAGCAGGAACAAGGCAAGGGUGAUAAUAAGAAGGGCGCUGCCAAGACUGUAAGCUUGAGUCUGCCACAGCCAGCUGCUGGACAACAGGUGAAUGGGUUAACGUUGCCUUCACUUUCUGCUCCUAACCCUUCUUCUCAAGGAGGUGAAGUCAACGGUGAAAGUAUUGUCGUCAACACCUCUCUCAGCGAUACCCAGCAAUCCGGGGACGUGACCACAACACAGGGUGAGAAAGAUCUAGAGAUGGAGAUGGAAAUGGAGCUGGAGAAGGCUGCUGGCGACGAAGAUGGCAUGGAUGAUGGUGAUAUGGUGUUUGAAGCGGGGAUGAUGAGUCCGGAGAGCUUGGAGAGGUGA